AUGUCAGUUGAAAAGCAAGCCCAUUCUACCGCUAUUACAUCAUUUGAUUUAAAUCAUCAAGAUUAUGACACGUUCCGUCCUUCAUUCGUACCUCAAUUAGUUGAUCCAUUCUUAGUUAGUUUAGGUUUAGGUAAGAAAGUUGAUGAUAAAUUCAAAUUUGAUACUAAUAAGACUAUUGUUGAAAUUGCAGCUGGUACUGGUAAAUUCACCAAGAAUUUAAUUGAUCAUGGUUGGAAAGAUAAUUUAAUCAUUGUUGAACCAAGUCAAGGUAUGUUGACUAGUUUUAAAAAGAAUUUCCCUCAAAUUAAAAAUGUUCAUCAAGCUUCAUCUUAUAAAAUCCCCUUACAAGACAAUACCGCUGAUUCUAUAAUUAUCGCACAAGGUUAUCAUUGGUUUAGUGAUCAAGAUAGUUUGAAAGAAAUCAGUCGUGUUUUGAAACCAAAUGGUACUUUAGGUUUGAUUUGGAACUUCGAUUAUCAAACUUCAAGUCAAGAUACUCCUACUGAAAAGGCUACUUUUAUUAAUGGUGGAAGUCUUUACUUUGAUGAGCUUGAUUUUAAAUCUAUCACAAAUGCAACUCAAGUAUUCAAACAAUAUUUCGAUAAACAACCUUGGUCCGAAAGAGUAUCUGAAUUGAUCUAUAAUUAUGAUCUUGGAGUUCCUCAAUAUCGUCGUGGAGAUUGGAGAAAGUCGUUAUCAAGUGAAGAAAGUAAAUAUUUCAAUCCAAUUUCUGAAGAAUUAUUUGUCUUUUACGAUAAAUUAAUGACAAAAGAUGAAGUUUAUCCAUAUUGGGAAACAAGAUCUUACAUUACUGAAUUAGGUAGUAAUGAGAAGUUAAACGUCAAGAAUAAGAUCAAUGAGAUCAUUAAUCUGAAUGUUACUUCGGAAAGUACUCCAUAUUCAGCUAAAGGAGAUGAUAGGUUAUUAAAACCAAUGGCAACUCAUGCUGUUGUAGUUAAAGUUAAUAAAUAG